AUUUGCACAUUUAGUUGUAGUUAGUACAUGGUGGAUGACGGUCUUUUUGUUCUGAAUAACUACAACAUUCAGCCGCAAUGAUUAUCACGGCGAAAUUUAUUCCAAUACUUUUGGGGUUGGCCCUAACUGCUUUCACUGUAUCUACCAUAGUGUUGGCCGUACAAAAAUCAAAUCUACAAAAUGAAUUGCAAGAGACAAAAGAUAGAUUAGAGUUAUUGGAAGAAGCUCUUAAAACGACAACAACAACUACCACGACAACAUCAACAUCAACAGCUUCUCCGACCACUAAUCCAACUACGGAAACUUCAACAACGGAAAUAAGUCCAACACCUGAACCAGAAGAGAAAAUCAACUAUCGUUUGCCGGAAACUAUGUAUCCCACAGCCUACGAUCUUUACUUACAUCCGGAUGUAGAGACUGGAAAUUUCUCAGGUCAAGAACAGAUUUACAUCAGCUGUACUGAAAAUACCGAUAGAAUCGUCUUACACUCCUUGUACAUGACAAUUAAGAGUGUAUAUCUUGAGGGUUCUGGUACCAGUGUAAAAACCUUUUAUUUGGAUCCAGUUCGUGAAUUUUUGGUCAUUGAACUUAAUGAUGUUAUUGUGGCACCUCGUAAGUUUGUUUUGGGCAUUAUAUUUGAAGGCAGUAUGAAAAAUAAAAUUAUUGGUUUGUAUUCCUCAUCGUAUCUGAAACCUGAUAAUAGCAUAAAAUGGAUUGCUUCUUCUAAAUUUGAACCCACAUUUGCCAGACAGGCUUUCCCCUGUUUUGAUGAACCCGCUUUAAAGGCAACAUUUAAUGUAACAUUAGUUUAUCCCAAUACUGGAAAUUAUCAUGCUUUAUCCAAUAUGAAUAUCGAGGCCAUUAAAAAUCAAGGAGCUUACAACGAAGCCUAUUUCAGCCAAAGUGUUCCAAUGAGUACAUAUUUGAGUUGCUUUAUUGUUUCCGAUUUUCUCUACAAGACAGUCCAAGUCGACACUAAAGGCAUUGGUGAAGAAUUUGAAUUACGUGUUUUUGCCACACCCGAACAACUGAACAAAGUUGAUUUUGCUUUGGCUGCGGGAAAAACGAUUAUUGAAUAUUAUAUUCAAUAUUUUAAGAUUCCCUAUCCUUUGCCUAAAUUGGAUAUGGCUGCCAUACCUGACUUUGUUUCGGGUGCUAUGGAACACUGGGGUUUGGUAACUUAUCGUGAAACCGCUUUACUAUAUGAUAAAGCUAUCAGCUCUUCUGCCAACAGCCAAAGAGUUGCUGGUGUAAUUGCCCAUGAAUUUGCUCAUAUGUGGUUCGGAAACUUGGUAACUUUUAUGUGGUGGAACGAUCUGUGGCUAAGUGAAGGUUUUGCCAGCUAUAUUGAAAACAAAGGUAUUGAAGCCGCUUUCCCCGACUGGAAUAUGCAGGAUCAGUUUAUUGUUAACACGCUACAUGGUGUCUUGAAUCUUGACGCAACUCUUGGUGCUCAUCCAAUUGUUCAAACUGUUGCAAAUCCAGAUCAGAUUACAGAAAUCUUUGACACAAUCACCUAUUCAAAGGGCUCCUCGAUUAUUCGCAUGUUAGAAGACUUUUUGGGUCCUGAUAAUUUCCAAAAGGCCGUUACAAACUAUUUGGAAGAAUUCAAAUAUAAAAACGCUGUCACCGACGAUUUCCUCACAGUAAUCGAUAAAUUGAAUUUGGGCUUCGAUGUCAAGGCCAUUAUGCGCACCUGGACCGAACAAAUGGGUUUGCCGGUGGUGGAAGUAAAAAAGAUAUCUGAUACUCAAUAUAAACUGACACAAAAGCGCUUCUUCUCCAACCCUGUUGACUACGAAGGCAUUUAUAAUGAUUCUCCAUUUAACUACACCUGGUCCAUACCAAUCACUUACAAAACUAGUGCCAGUGCAGAAGUACUACGUGCAUGGUUUUAUUUUGACGAUACCGAAAUUACAAUCACUCUGCCCAGUGCUGCGGAAUGGAUUAAAUUCAAUUAUAAUCAAGUUGGUUAUUAUCGUGUCAAUUAUCCUACCGAUAUGUGGGAAAAUUUAGCUGACAAAUUGGUAGCAGAUCCAAAUAUCUUUUCAGUGGGCGAUCGUGCUUGUUUGUUGAAUGAUGCCUUUGCGUUAGCCGAUUCCACUCAACUACCUUAUAAUAUGCCUUUAGAUAUGACAAAGUAUUUGAGUAAAGAAGAUCAAUAUGUUCCCUGGAGUGUAGCUGCUUCAAAAUUGACCUCUCUUAAACGUACACUUAUGUUUACUGAUGCCUUUGUAGACUACAAUGCCUACGCCAGAAAUUUGGUUGAACAAAUUUACGAAAAUGUUGGUUGGACAGUGGGCGAAGAUCAUAUGAAGAACCGUUUACGUGUUACAAUUUUGAGCACCGCUUGUUCAUUGGGUUUACCAGCCUGUUUGGCCGAAGCCUCCAAUCAAUUUACAAAGUGGCUGGAAAAUCCCUCCGUACGUCCCCAUCCCGAUAUUCGUGAAACUGUUUACUACUAUGGCAUGUUAGCUUUAGGAAACGAGGAAAUUUGGAAUCAAGUUUGGGAACUUUUUGUAGCUGAAAAGGAUGCUAGUGAAAAGGUCAAGUUAAUGUACGGUUUGUCAGCUGUACAAGAACCCUGGAUCCUUAGCAGAUACAUUGAUCUGGCCUGGUAUGAGAAGAAUGUACGCGGUCAAGAUUAUUUCUCAUGUUUGCAAAAUAUUGCUGCUAAUCCUAUUGGAGAACCCUUAGUCUGGGAUUAUGUUCGUGAACAUUGGCCCCAAUUGGUCGAACGCUUUGGCAUUAAUGAACGCAAUUUGGGCAAUAUGAUUCCUUCAAUUACAUCUCGCUUCUCUUCCCAAACUAAAUUGGAAGAAAUGCAAAAUUUCUUUGCUAAGUAUCCCAAUGGUGGUGCUGGCACAGCUGCUCGUGUCAGGGCUUUGGAAAAUGUUAAGAAUAACAUCGCCUGGUUAGAAAACAAUCUUUCGGUGGUGCGUGAGUGGUUGCAGUGAAGUGAAGGUUUUAAAAACUAUUUUUGUAUUUAAUUAAACAAUUUUGUAUUUAAUUAAAAAUAAACUAAAUAAAUAAUUUCUUAUAAUAGUAGUAUUAAAUAAAUAAAAAAUA